UGAACUUUAUUAAUUUAAUUGAUUUAAUGUGCUUGUAAAAAGUAGUUACUUAUAUAAAAUGUUUAAAUGUUACAGUUUGAAGUUACGAUUAAAAAUAAAUUAAAUAAAUGACGCACUUUUUUUACAUUAACUAAGCAAUCAAUUUGCAGCACAAAUAUUCUUAAAUAACAUAAUGUAAAUAUAAAUAAGUGCUUUAUUUUUAAUGAAAAUGCCAAAAAAACUAGUCUUCUUAAUUAUAAUUGCUUUGAUAUCACUGUUAAUAUGGAUAUACCAUACUUCAAAUUUCGAUUAUAACAGUUCAGUUCUCGUCUUAAAACAAAACAAUUAUUUCCGAAGUACUCUUAUACAACCAUCUAAUACCUCCUGUAAUCGAAAUCCAUUUCUAGUGAUUAUUAUUACUUCAUAUGUAGGACAUGUUGAACUCCGAAGUGCCCACAGGCGAGCUAUGCCUCCAGAUUAUUUAGCAUCACUAAGAGUUACAAGAAUAUUUUUGCUAGCAAAAAUACCGACAAAUGAAAGAUAUAUAACACAAGAGGCCAUCAAUGAUGAAAAUAAUACAUAUGGUGAUAUACUCCAAGGUUCUUUCUUCGAAAACUACAGAAAUCUUACACAUAAACAUCUCAUGGGACUAGAGUGGGCCUCUAGUAUAUGCAAGAAUGCUUCAUUUAUAUUAAAAGUUGAUGAUGAUACAGUUUUCAACUUCAAUCGAACAUAUAACUUCCUUAAAAAACUACCAAAAGGAGAUAAAAAUUUAUUAAUGGGGUAUGUCUUAAACAACACUCUACCAAGAAGAAAUAAACAAAAUAAAUGGUAUGUCACAUUUGAAGAAUAUAACAGGAAUAUUUAUCCGCCAUAUUUGUCUGGCUGGUACUACAUUAUAAGCCCAAAAAUUGCAUCUGUAAUGUGUGAAGAAGCCAUGUACAAUACAUAUUUUUGGAUAGAUGACAUCUUUGUUACUGGGCUACUUUCUGAAUCUCUUGGGUUAAAAUUAAAGGAACUUCCUAAAAACUUCUGGUUGGAGUAUUAUGAACUACUUGAAUGUUGCCUUCGAGACAUGGUAACAAAAUCUAUGAAGUGUGACUAUGUCGUUGGCCCUAAUGGUGGAAGAAACAAUCUGAUUGUGGAAUUCAAUGAAGCUUACAAUAACUGUCAGGCGAGAAAUUGUACACAGAGACCGAAAGAUCAUGAUCUGAAAACUGAUUGUAUUGUGGGUAAAGAGAGAGCAAUUUUUAGUGACGGACAAGCAGAAGUACACCAUAUUAACUUGUAGAUACACAGAAAUUUUAUGAUAACAUUUUUAAAAUAGAAUAAAAAAUAACGAAUGAGAAAAUUCUACUCCUCUUACAGAGCCAUAUAUAGUGGUCUUAAUUAAUGGCUUAGUAGAAUCAUAAUUAACCAGAGAUAUGCUUUUUACAAACAUUUAGCUAUCUAAAUUCAAUUUAAUAAUCAAGUCUCUAUUUUUCCAAGUAUUCAAAAGAACAACUUAUCAGGUUUUAAAUAAUAUCUACUAUAUGUAAAUUUUUGCAUUUUUAUCUUAUUUAGAAAUUAUAAUCAAUUUUACAGUAAGUAUAGAAAAAAAAAAUAUUGUUUAGUAUGUACUUGUUAUAUUAUCUCAAUUAGUGUAACAUUAGUUUCAACUUUUAAAAUAAGACAACUAUAAUAGUUUAAAAUAGGUAGAAAUUUGAUGCUUUGAAUAUUUAAUAAUUUCUGGGAUUACCCAAACAUAGUUAUAGUAACCUCAGGUCCAUGGACUGUCUUCAAAGUUUAUUUUUACUCUAUUGUCAUAAGCAUUCCAGAAUUUAAUUCUUAGCUUUAAAGGUUGUAUUAGUUUAAUAGUUGAUACAAUUAAUUAAAAAAGGUUACUUGUAGAAUAGAAAAAUAAUAUAUUUUAAUUCAAUUUUACUAAUAUAUUUCAGAUUUUGAACUAGAGUAAUUGUAUAAUAUGGCA